AUGUUGGGCGAGACCCAGCUGCCCGUGACGGCGCUGAUCGGUCGGAAGCGGCGCUGGGACAAGGACGACGCCGCCGCCAGCUACGAAGAAGCCAGCGAUGGUACCCCGAAGGAGCAAGCCCCUAUGGCUAUGGAGAUCGCGGCCAGCCCAACAACCCGCGACGAGGAGAAGCGGGAGGACGAGGAUAUGGCUGAGAAGGAAGUGACCGAGGAGCUUGAGAUUCCAAUGUGGGAGUGGGACAGCGAUGAUGAUGAUGGUGAGUUUAUGCUCAAGGCAAAGGCAGAGCUCGAGGAGCUUCACAUUGCCUGUGUCAAAAGCAUCACCGAAUUGGAUCCUAAGUCGAAACUCUUGGUCCCUACCCGCUUCUGCAGCUUCAAUAUAGCCGGCUUCGACCUCGAUAAAGAGUCUAAGUUUGGCCUUGGGCCGCCGCUUGAUAGCAAUAUAACUCCUGAGUUGGAGAGGUACAUGGUGACGUCAGCCGUCAACGUCAUUUCCGUCAAAGUAAUCGAAUCUGACCGGGGUUAUCCAAUAAGCGUAUAUGGUACUGUUCUUGCAAGGGAUAGGAUUGACUACAGAUGUAUCUAUCUGUUCAGACGUGGAAGGGAAGACCCCCAGAUGAUCAGCUCCAAGGAUGAUAUGCUAACAUUGACAGGUCCACAACGGGCAUUAGUUCCGCCGGAUAAUAUUUACUUUGAGUUCAAUAUGAGGGUGAAGGGUGAUGCCAGCGACGAAGAUUUUAGCAAAGGUGUAAUACAGCUCCAUGUCGUCCCCUAUGACCCUGAACCAAUCACAAGGGUGCUUAGUAGUUGGCUGAGCAGACUGGAGUUGGUGCUCGCACCUGUUGAUGGUCCAGUGGCAGCUAGCCUUGAAGUCAAGAUUUUGAAAGGAGCACCACCUUUGAUUGACAAAAUAUGUGCUGGGACUAGUGAAGACCCUGAGACUCAGAUGAUUGUGUAUGAUAGUAGAGAGAUGAAGAGCGGUUCCUCUGUUGUGUUAAGUCGUAACUUGGUAGCUGUCCCUGACCCGGAUGAUGAAGAAGAUGAAAUUAUUGCCCAUGUUCGCUUCCUUGAUGAUGGCGAUGAUGUCGAUGACGAGGAUGCAGGCACCUUGGUCAGCGUAGCAUACCCUGCUGAAGAGCAAGUCUGCAGUCACGGCGCCUGGGAGCUGCAAGUGAACGUUGCCUGGACUGCCAUCCUGUGCAAGCCGAGGGCAAAAUAUAUCAUGAGAAGAGGGAGGAGUACGCCCAGGGCUUUUACUUGCCCUCAGUAUGAGCCUCUCUUCUGA